UCAUAAAUUGAAACUGGAGAGGGAAAAUCAGCGGUGACGGAUUUUCUUCCAGUAAUCAUCGAAGAGAGGAAAUUUGGGGUUAGUGACAGCAGGUGGAUCUGCUAUCGGAGCGGGAGAAGGAAGGGAGGGCUUUGAUGGAGGCGCAACUCCAAUUGUAUCUUUCUCAUUUCAAAUAUCUGGAGUUUUUGGCAAAAGUAGUUCUGGAGCUUUAGGUGAAGGCCGUUGAAGAAGGGUAAAGAAAUUUGUGAACGAGAUCCCGUGGAGUCCUCUUGCUUUGUUUCUGGUGUCGAUUCAUCAUAACGGGCAUCCCGGGCUUUGAAUUGAAGAAAAAACCAUUUAACUCUGCUUUGGGGGAGGCCUUGAGAUCAAAAUCAUCUGCCGGCGGCAGCCAGUGCCCCACUUUAACGCUUCGAUUCUCCUCUUUGCCAUCACACGAAGAAGCUGAGUCAUAAUUAUAACUUGGCCAUAGUAUCAUAGCAACUUCACGGAGUUCUUGAGCCAAGCUCUUCAGCGGGGAUUUUGUCUACGGUAGAGAGAGCCAACGAUUGGAGAAGAAGGACAAAGGGGGAUCCGGUGAGCGAUUGGCUCCGAGGGUGAAACUUUUUCGUUUGGGCGGGUAGGUAGGGUCUAGUCAUAGGUUGGGUUAGGAUUUAUGAGGUGUUGGCUUAAGAUCUGAUGUGGUUGGUCGGCUUUCAAUUUUUUUAGAUUAAAAUUUGGUGACUCAUCACUUUUGUUAGCCAUGUCAGCAAAACACUCACGGUGUUAAAGGAAACUACCACAGAGUGACCAAAUGUUAAACAUUUAACCACUUUCAAUGACCAUGAAUUGAAUAAAUUGGGUUGAACCUCAGACCGUGAUGUUGGCUCUAGGGUUGUAUAAAUUGAAGGCAACUGGGAGAGUGAAAGGAGAGUUUGGUUGGGUUUGGUCUGGAAUUUUAGAGUUCUUCUUUCGGGCUCCGACACAAAACACCCAAAGGGACAGUACUAGAGAGAGUGAUCUUGGAGCUUAAUUGGAGACUUGGGUUGAUGAAUUAUACCCCUUCUCUUAGGUUGAUGAACCCUAGGUCUAGAUUUUUGUUUGUUGUUGAUGUAUGUGAUAAAUCCUAUGUUUGAUUGAUCAUUUUGUUUAGUUGAUGAAUGGUUUUCAUGAAUUGCAUGAGUUUUAGAUAUCAAUUGAUAUUUUGACCUAGGAGGGAGACAAUCCCCUUAAAGCCCAUUAUUGGUGUCUUUCGGUCACUCCUAUCAUAUGUUAUUUCGGGUAAUCCACGAGGGAGUCGAUUUGAUCGAUGUCUUGACGGUAUAUGAAACCCUAGGUUGAAUAGAGCACUACCAUUCAUAGCUAGGCCAUUCCGGGUCACCCGAGGGAGUCUAGCUCCUAAAUGGUAGAUGGAUUGAGUCGAUCGAACUAGGAUAGUACUUAACAUCGAUCCAAAUGAUAGAAUUAGGGGAUUCAAGCUAAGAGAGCUACACCUCUUGUAAUUAGCUAAGGUAGUGGUUAGGUUAGUAUAGAUAGGUUAGUUUCUUAAUCACUAUUCUAGGUUGGCAAGAUAACAAAACCUCAAGCUGAAGUAAGAUACACCUAGGAAACCCGUGAUUCAGUAAUUUUAUUCCUUGCUUACCCUAUACUACACCCGGUCGUCGGUUAUGCUUGACCGUAGAUUGGGAUGUGUAGUUAGAGUUGAGCCAAAUUUUUGGCAACGUUGUUGGGGAAAAUUCAAGGUUAUCUAAAAAAGGCUUAGGUCGUUACUUUAGUCGUUCUGUUUUGUAUUUUUUUUACCCACUUUUCGUCUUUAAGGGUGCUUUGCGUUGAUUGAUUUCUUCUUAUAUUUUUGUUUUUGUAGGUUGAAUCCUGGAUCCCAAUGGCUUCUAUAACGUGCAAGGCUAUCCACAACCACCCGAGUGGGGGUACCUCAGGGCUUCAUGGAGUAAUCAAGAGGGAGGAAGUCAAGAAACAUGGUUCUAUGGUCACCUCCAUUCCAAGAAGAGCAAGCAUACCCAUGGGGAUUUCAAGAAGCUUUCCCAUACCAAGAAAACUUCCUUCCACAAACCGAGGAGAAAUUCAAUUUGGAGUUGGCCAUGGAGGCUUUCAUAGGGCAUUCCUCAAGACCAUGUGCCACUCCACAACCGGAGCCAAGGAGAAAAGUGGAGCUCAUGGUGGAGCGAUCUCCCUAAGGCACCAACGAAGGAUGCUCAAACUUGGAUCUCCCACAACCCGAAGCGAAGUCCAAAUUGGAGCUUUCCAUGGAGAGCUUUGAAGAACAUGCUCCAACACAGAUUUCCACCCCCUCCCUCCUCCCGGUUUGACACUAGAAGAGAAGGUUGGGCAAGCUUGUGCACGCCAUCGCCUCUCACCAUUGUAAGAGCAAGAUGUGGUUGAAGGGACGAUCAAUGACAACCGCAUGGAGCAAGAGAACAUCACCCCGGAGAGCUCCCGUGGUGAGGAUGACCAAGAGGAUUGCGUUGAUGAUAUUCACACCUUUCCCAUUCCCGAGAACAACUUUGAAGACCAAGUCACGAGGGUAGAGAAGCAAGAGAACCUUUUUCAAUGAUGUUGAAUGGCAUCUCUCCCUCUAAAUUGAGCUUGAAGACAUGAAUGUUGACUCGCUUCUACCAUCACACUAGAAAGUGGCCAAGUGUAACCACUUACGAAUGCGUAGUAUAGCGGGUUUAGUUCUAAUUGUCUAGGUGUGAUGACUACUCCAUGAAAGUGUGUUACCUAGUGGUUCAAGUGUUGUGAAGGUUCAAUUAAACUAGUAAGCAAAGCAGUGAAAGUUGUGUUUAAGUUGAGAGAGGUCACCCGGAUAUGGUUGCCCCUAGACUGCAGUUAAGCCAGGUUGUAAUUUACCAAGUUCAAGUUCAAUGAUAGUUAUACUGCAGGAGGUUCUUAAACAUUCUCCAGUCUUGAUUAAAGGUCUUCAGACCCUCUCAAUCUGAGUCCCUAGUGGGAGGCUAACCUCCACCGGAGUAAAUAGAUUGAGGCCCUAACGAACCAAACCUCCUCUACCGAAGUAAAUCCGGUAGAGAAUAGUGAAUUGACUCCUCGACUAAGUCGUCAAUUCACUACCUUCCAUCAAAGGUACUCUAUCAACCUAGGAAAAUAUUUUCUUUCUAGAUCAAAGCAGAAAUAACAGGAAUUUGAUCAGGAUUCGUGACAUACAAUAAAUCAAACCUCAAUUGAAUAUAAUCAUAUCACUGAAUUCGUACUUGGGUUCAUACAAUCAGAUCUAACAUACAAAUCUAGGGUUCUUCAGACCCAGGUGAAUGAGAAAGUUACUCCAUAGAGAGAGACGGGAAAUCUAGCUCAGACGCAGAAACCAUACUAUGAAGGAUGGGAUUCAGCUUCUGGCAGUCAAUCAACACUUCUCCAAGUUCAAUCCGGGCUCCAAUGGUGAUGAAGAUCGAUCUAAGGCACUUGAAGAAUCAGGUUCAUCACUUUCUCUCUCUAGGUAUACACUUUGUCUCCCUAAAACUCGGAACCCCUAAAAAAUCAGCCUUCUUUCCCUUAAGAACCAGCAGGCCGCGAUCCCCAGUCGUAAUCCCCGGUCGGGUAUUUCAGGUGCCCGGCCAGGGAUUUUGAAACGCAAUGCAGUGGUGAAGGGCUUAAUACCCGAUCGAGGUCCAGAAUAUCCGAUCGAGUAUUUUCGCUCUCUGGCCGGGACCCCUUCUAGACUUCAGACGUCCCAAAACGCUUUUUCCCGGCCUCUCUUAGGAAUUUACCCGGCCGGGUAUUUUAACUCAUGGCCGGGUAUUUUGCUCUUCCAGCGCCCUUCUACUCAAACGCCAUCCUUUUGACCCGAAACUUGUUCCCUCGCCUUCACGUCAACUCAAAGUCCUGAAAUAUGACAUAAACACACAACCUAGCGUGAAAUCGGCUUAAAACACGAGAAUCGACUCUCAAACGGCUCAAGAAUGGAGGUAUAAACAUGUGCAAUCAAU